CGAACUUAAAAUUAACAACGAUUCCAAAAAAUUAUAAAACAGUGUAUCUUAAUUGGCAUUAUAUACAUAAUAUUUUUUUUAGUAAUUCCCGUAUUAGAUCAUCUUAACUAGAAACACUAUUAAUCAUGGAUGAAGAAUAUGACGUUAUUGUUCUUGGAACCGGUCUUACCGAGUGUGUUCUUUCAGGGAUUCUUUCCGUAGAAGGUAAGAAAGUCCUUCACAUUGACCGUCAAGACUUCUAUGGAGGUGAGCUGGCUUCAUUGAACAUGUCACAACUCUACAAGAAGUUCAAGCCUCUGGCUCAAAAACCAGAGUUUCGUGGUAGAGAUCGUGAUUGGUGUGUAGACUUGAUUCCAAAGUUUUUAAUGUCCAAUGGUGAAUUGACCAACAUUUUGGUCCACACUGAUGUCACAAGAUACAUUGAAUUCAAGCAAAUUGGUGGUAGUUAUGUUUACAGAAACGGUAGAAUUGCCAAGGUUCCUCUGAAUGAAAUGGAAGCCAUUAAAUCUUCUCUUAUGGGAAUUUUCGAAAAACGUAGAAUGAAGAGAUUUUUGGAAUUCAUUGCCAAAUAUUCCGAUGAUGAAGUUUCCACCCAUCAAGGUCUUAAUUUGGAUACCAACACCAUGAAUGAAGUGUACACUCAUUUCGGGUUAGAAAAUGGUACUAAGGAUUUCAUUGGUCAUGCCAUGGCUUUGUGGCCAAAUGAUGAUUACUUGAACGAAGUUGCUCGUCCAACUUAUGAAAGAAUUAUCUUGUACGUUCAAUCUGUUGCCAAGUAUGGUAAGUCUCCAUACAUUUACCCAUUGUACGGGUUAGGUGAACUCCCACAAGGGUUUGCUCGUCUUUCUGCCAUUUAUGGUGGUACUUAUAUGUUGGAUACUCCAAUUGAUGAAGUUUUAUACGAUGAAUCCACUGAAGGUGUAAAGAAGUUUGCUGGUGUGAAGACCAAGGAAGGUACCGGUAGAGCGCCAAUAGUCAUCGCCGACCCAACUUACUUCCCAGAACUUGUUAAGAAAACUGGUCAAAGGGUUAUCAGAGCCAUGUGUAUUUUGGAUCAUCCCGUCGCUGGUACCGGUGACUUGGACUCUUUACAAUUGAUUAUUCCUCAAAACCAAGUUGGACGUAAGUCUGACAUUUACAUCACUGUUCUCUCUGAAACUCACAAGGUUGUCCCCGCAGGAUACUACUUGGCCAUUGUCUCUACUAUCAUCGAAACUGACCAACCACACGUUGAAUUAGAACCAGCUUUCAAACUUCUUGGUAACCGUGUUGAUACUUUGAUGGGAAUUGCUGAAUUGUACGAACCACAAGAAGAUGGUAACACCGAUGGUAUUUACUUAUCCAAGAGUUAUGAUGCUACCUCUCAUUUUGAAAGUACUACAGAUGAUAUCAAGGACCUUUACUUCAGAAUCAUGGGUAAACCAUUGGUAUUGAAGAAGAGACCUGGUGUUGAAGAAGAAGAUGCCGCUUUGAAUGGUUUGGAAUAAAUAGGUUAUACAGAAGAAUAAUUGCUCACGAGAUAAAA